AUGUCAUCCAUCAAGAUAGAAUGUGUUGUCACUGAAAAGUACAAGAUUGGAGAGUCUCCUGUUUUGGGAAGAUAAAGAAGGAGUGUUGGUGUACGUUGACAUUACAGGACAGAAGGUCUGCCGGUGGAACCCCAACACUAAAAUAGUACAGACAGUGAAUCUAAAGGAACCAGUUGGCUCUGUUGGACUUCGGAAGUCAGGUGGCUAUGUGAUUGCCACAGGCACCACCUUUGCUGCUCUGAAUUGGGAAGACCAGUCAGUAACUACUCUUGCCCAAGUUGAUGAAGACAAGCCCAAUAAUCGUUUUAAUGAUGGAAAAGUUGACCCUGAAGGAAGAUUUUUUGCAGGGACUAUGUCUCAGGAAAUCCGCCCUGCAGUCGUAGAAAGAAACCAAGGCUCAUUGUAUACCCUGUACCCUGACCACUCUGUAGUGAAGCACUUUGAUAUGGUUGACAUCUCUAAUGGGAUAGACUGGUCUUUGGAUCACAAAACCCUCUACUACAUAGACAGCCUUUCCUUUGCUGUGGAUGCAUUAGAUUAUGAUGUGAAAACUGGAAAAACAUCAAACAGACGCAAUGUCUACGCAUUACAGAAGGAUGAAGGUAUUCCAGAUGGCAUGUGCAUAGACUCAGAAGGGAAACUGUGGGUUGCCUGCUAUAAUGGAGGACGUGUUAUUCGCAUAGACCCUGAGGCUGGGACGGUGAUCCAGACUGUAAAGCUUCCAGUGGAUAAGACGACCUCUUGCUGUUUUGGAGGAAAAGACUAUUCAGAGAUGUAUGUGACAUCAGCCUGUGAAGGCAUGGAUGAAGAGUGGACUGCACGCCAGCCUCAGUCUGGAGGAAUAUACAAGAUUACUGGACUUGGAGUGAAAGGAAUUCCACCUACUGAAUUUGCUGGUUGA